AUGGAAGAUUUAGUAUCUGAAAGUACAUGUAGAGGGGUAAUUGGUCAGUCCAGAACAGACGAAUUGCCUCCUUCUGCUGCUCUCAGUGUUGACUCAUCCUGCGGAUCCUGCCUGAAAAGCAUCAAGCGCUGGGUGCCUUUGGACUACAAGCAUGAAAUGGUUCAGCUUUUAAAACUUGCAGGUCCUGUGUUCAUUUCACAGUUGAUGAGCUUCCUGAUCGGCUUCGUCAGCGCGGUGUUCUGCGGUCACCUGGGAAAGACGGAGCUGGCAGGGAUGAUGUUAGCAAUGGCAGUCAUAAAUAUCACAAGUAUUUCCAUCGGCUAUGGUUUGAUAUCAACAUUUGAUACUCUCAUAACCCAGACUUAUGGAAGUGGUAACCUGAAGCGUGUAGGAGUGAUACUCCAAAGAGGAGUUUUGAUCCUCCUCUUAGCCUGUUUCCCCUGCUGGGCUCUCCUUAUUAACACUCAGUCCAUUUUGCUGGCUGUCAAGCAGAGCACGCAGGUUGCAAGACUGUCACAGCUGUAUGUGAAGAUCUUUAUGCCGGCUCUGCCAGCUGCCUUCAUGUACCAUCUGCAGGGGAGGUAUCUUCAGAAUCAGGGCAUCAUGUGGCCCCAGGUGAUAUCCGGAGCCAUAGGAAAUGUUUUAAAUGCUGUUAUCAAUUACAUCCUCCUCAGUGUUCUGGAUCUGGGGAUUGCCGGAUCCGCAGCUGCCAAUGCCAUCUCACAGUACUCCCUGGCUGUGUUUCUGUUUUUAUGCAUCUACAUCAAAGGGCUGCACAUACCUACAUGGGAUGGCUGGUCUGGAGAUUGCCUGCAAGAAUGGGGUUCCUUCCUCCACUUGGCCCUCCCCAGUAUGCUGAUGUACUGUCUGCAGUGGUGGUUGUAUGAGAUUGCAGGGUUCCUGGCUGGUGUCAUCAGUGAAACAGAGUUGGCGGCUCAGUCUGUAGCUUAUGAAGUGUCUACUGUCGUUUUCAUGUUUCCUGUAGGCUUUUCUGCUGCUGCCAGUGUUAGGGUUGGAAAGGCUCUUGGUGGUGGGAACACAGAACAAGCUAAGCUGUCCAGCAAGGUCUCCCUUCUCUGUGCAUUGAUUGUCUCAUGUUUCCUUGGAGCCGGUAUUGGUAUAGCCAAGGAUGUGAUUGGUUACAUAUUUACCACAGAGAGAGACAUUAUACAGAGGGUGGCUAAUAUCAUGAAGAUAUACAGUUUCAUCCAUGUUGCUGAGACUAUUGCGGGUGUGUCAGGAAGCAUUGUCAGGGGGGCAGGGAAGCAGAAGAUUGGUGCGCUGUGCAGCUUGGUGGGAUACUACCUCAUUGGGUUCCCGAUUGGAGUAUCUUUAAUGUUCCCUGUGAAAAUGGGAAUUUUUGGGCUUUGGACUGGGUUUUUAGUUAGUACUUCUUUACAGUCCAUGUUUUUUAUAACUUUCCUGUGUAAACUAAACUGGACGAAAGCCACUGAGGAGGCACUUGUAAGAGCAGGAGUCCAAAUUACAGAGAGGAAUACUAAUGUUUCCCUGAGCACCCUGGACCCAAGGGAAAAAUGCGUAACGACCAGCCGAUCCAGUUCUGUGAUUCCAGUAGAAGAAAGGCCAGAGCCACUCAAUUCAGAUGAGAGGGCCUUGGGCGCCAUGGCCUUAUCCACCAGGCAGCUGGUGUUACGACGUGGUGCCACUGUGCUGCUAAUGUUCGUCAUCCUUGCUGCUGGAGUUAUCAUCAGCGAGAUUCUCAUCAGACGCCUUGAAAAGUGAUUGAAUAAUGUGUGCAGUACAAAACAAACAAACAAGUCUGCCUUUAGGAGUAUAUGUGACAUGUAUCAUAGUAAAGCAUAUCUUAUAAACCAGCUUAAUAUUUAUCACAGGAUGCUGUGAAGUUCUGUCUGCACCCAUAAUAUGAAGUAAUUAGGAUGACUGUGAAGACUGUGAAUUGCCCCAUCUCAACUAAUUCGUCAUUUAAAAUAUUCAGUCCAACUUUUACACAAUUUUAGGCCAUUUUGUUUUCUGCACUUAGUGCAUGAGAUGGCAAAUAGCAGCAUUAGAAUGAGCAGUAAUUACUGAGCUUUCUAAAAGUCAAACACGCUUCUUGGGGCUGAAUUAUAGCUUCAUUUCCUGACAUUACUGCACAAUCAAAAUGUCUUUAAAGCCACAGAAUAUUAUCUGCUUGCCAUUUCAGUAGUAGUAUUUGAGGUCAGUUUUCUAGCUCUUUCUAGAUCUAAUUUAAUCCAUAGUCGGAAAAAUAUAGUAAAAAAUAGGGCUUAACUGAAUGAAAAGCCAAACUGAAAAUAGUUACUGUAUAGACAAGACGUUCUUUUUUAUAGGAACAUGCUGUGUAAGCUGAGCACCAAUCGAGACUGUGAAAUAAAUAAAAUUUCCCAUCCUACAAUUCAUAGCCUGAAUUGGUGCCGCAAUUAGAACCUAACAUGAUUAAAGGUUAUAUUUAGGCUACAGCACAUCUGUGGAAGGGUGCUUUCAUCAUCAAAAGACAGAAAUGCUACUCUCUUGCUUGGUUUAUCUUGCGUUCCUUUGAUCUGUGUUGCCAAAUUUGAUGAUAAUGAAAGGCCUGUAUGUGCUCACUGUAACAUGCUGGCUGGAUAAAGACAUGUCACCCUGAGCAAAUCAACCACCUGUUCCCUCUGCCCGAGCAGAUAACCAGCUCACAGCUGAAGCCUGCUCAUAAAUAAAGGAUUCAACCUGCUUAACAAUGAACAGUCAACCAUGUGGGAUUUUGGCAUGUAUAUGUGGUGUUUGUACACAGCUAUUAAUUAAAUAAAUUGACUGUUUGUCUGUAAUAUCUAAGGUUAGCCUGGAAUCAGUUAGCGCAAAGGCUAGAAAGAGGAAUCACUGCUCAAAGAUAACAAAAUCUGCAUUUAAAUACCUCUAAAGCUCACUAUCUACUCAAUUGUGACCAGUGACUAUACCAGAGCCUGGCUCCUCCUUGUACAGUCUGUCCUAAAGCAAAGACAUGCUAUUGUGUUUGGGCCAGAUUUCAAUUAAUUCUUUUUUUGGAGCAAGUCAAGAACAAGUAAAUAAGAAAUCUGAUUUUUAUUUGAUUUUAAUCUGAACUCAACCAGCAUGAGAAGUUCCCAAAUUACGCUCAUAACAUGUUAAGUGAAUAGAAAACAGGGGAACAGGUUUUGGUUGCUCUAGCUUUAUUUUUGCUUUUUCUCAUCAAGCAUA